AUGAAGUCGUCAACGGUAUUGACCUUGUUGGGAGCCUUGCUUCCUCGUAAUCCAGCAACCUUACGUGUUUUUCCACGUGGUGGUAAUUUCUUGACGUUUGGAAGUGGUGUGUGGCGGCGUACGCUUACUUUUACGCCUAUUCCGCACGUGGGGCAAACAGCUAAGCAUCAGAGAGCUAUUCCCCCUAAAAUACUACAAGGUGCAAAAUGGGACGAAAAGGAAAUUAAUCAACUUAUAAAGUAUGAGGGUUUGAAGAAGUUUCAAAAGUUAGCCCCGAAGGAGAAGUGGGAUGCUAUCGCGGAAAAAUUACCAGGAAGGUCUCCUGAUUCGUGUAAAAAGAAAUUUAAGGAGGUGCAACCUGUUCUUGGUAAGUUACUUAGCACCGCGAAGAAGUCAAGCGCAUCUUCAAAGACUGGCACCAAACGAUCUAUCUUGUCGCGUCCAGUUAAGACUGCCGCAAAAGGCCGAUCUCCCGUGAAAAAGAAACCCGAGAGGCCUGUUGGAACUGGCGAAUGGACAGACAAAGAAAAAGAAAGGCUCAUGAGAAUGGCCAAUUUCAAGAAAUAUCAAGAUAUGCCAUCUACUGAGAAAUGGGCGGAAAUCUCUGAGAGAUUACCCGGAAGAACGCCAACAGCAUGCCAAACCAGAUUUGCUCAACUUAAUCCAGAACGACGCGUCCCCAUCAAAAGAUGGAGUGAAGAAGAAUACAAUAAAUUGGAGAAACUCGCAAAAAAAUAUGAAAAUAACUGGGAAAAGGUAGCUGCCGAAAUUCCAGAUAGAACUCCAGCGCAGUGUCAAACAAAAUACCGUAGUCAGCAUCCGUCUGGCAAAUCUUCCCCCGGUUGGUCCCAAGAAGAAAUAACUAAAUUAUUCGAGUCUGUCCGAAAGCAUGGCAAUAACUGGGAAGAAACUGCCAAGAAUUUGCCAGGUCGCAGUCCUUCUUCAUGUAAAAGCAUGUUCCAUAAAGCAACUGAACGGGAUGCCCUUGCCACUGCCUCCUAA